UCGAGCGGGCGCUUGAGUGCAGCGGCGGGCGUAACGAUGCACUCAAUAAAAGGCCCUGCGCCCGCGUCCGCCAAAUUCGACGGCUCCUCCCUCCGCAUCGCCAUCGUCCACUCGCGAUGGAACAAGACAGUCAUUGACGCGCUCAUCGAGGGCACCGUCCACAAGCUGAAGGAGCAGGGGGUCAAGGAGAGUAACAUCGUCCUCCAGUCCGUCCCUGGCAGCUUCGAGCUGCCUCUCGCUUGCCAGAGGGUGAUUGCUGGCUCGCAUGUCCAGGCAGGCGCGACCGCGACUGACCUGCUCGGCGGCCUCACCUUCGGGACUUCCAUCUCCUCCCCUCGCCCGUCUUCCCGCGCGUCCACCCCCGCCCCGACAAUCGCUGGCAUGCCAAGCCAGCCCUUCGACGCUGUCAUUGCCAUUGGUGUCCUCAUCAAGGGCUCUACCAUGCACUUCGAAUACAUCUGCGACAGCGUAUCGCACGCGCUUAUGCGUGUGCAGCUGGAUACGGGUGUUCCGGUCAUAUUCGGUGUGCUUACGGCCCUCAGUGACGACCAGGCGUUGGAGCGAGCGGGGAUUGGGCGCGGCGAGAACAAGGGGCACAACCAUGGCGAGGAUUGGGCCGCUGCUGCGGUGGAGAUGGCCUCUCACACGAGACGCUGGUCGGAAGGCAAGUUCUGACGCGACUGUGCUCUGGAAUGGAGACGAAGGUCGGGUGUGUGCUGUGUGUACGACGAACAGAAGAGUAGCAGUAAAGCCAAUGUAAACCAUCUGUACCCGGUGACCGUUCUGAGACGUAGUUGCCAUAUGACGAUUGGAUUGUCCGGCUACUGUCGCCGCUGGGCAGCC